AUGAUUGCUGGAUUUCCGGCCAGAAUUCUUUUGCGACGGGUAUCACACAGCUCCAGUGCAUUCUUCUCAAAGGAAUCCACAUCAUCCAAUCCACUGACAGAGAAAAAGGAGCAGGAAUUACAGGUGAGCACAAAUUUUCAGUUCUCAAACCAGAAAUCUUGCAGAAUUACACCGGAAAAUCGACUGUUGGCGAGAAGAAAAGCGUGGGCAUCUUCGGAACGAGCACAGUGCCAAUUAACACCAAUUUUCCGAAUCCAAAAGUGAGAACUCUACAAUUUUCCAGAUUUAUUCAAUUUUUUAAUUUCUUCCAGGGAGUUGUCGGUUACGAUCCAGAUUUUUCGAUAAAAGAGUUGGUGGCCGAGUUGCCGAACACAAGAAAGACGCAGGGAACCCUACUGGCCGCAGAAUUGAAAGACGUCUUCAAAAACGUGUCGAUUGAAAAGACAGAGCUUCUGGAGGAUAUUGGAUUCGUGCGGCACAACGAGGCACGCGUCGAGUACCGAUUCGACACGAAAGAGGUGUGAGAUCUAAUGUUAAUCUGUCAAACUUUCCAUUUUUGCAGAGCUUGGAUUUGUGGAAGACCGGAUGUGACAGCGACUGGAAAGAGGGAUUCUCGACGUGUUCGAUCGUGAAUUCCGAUCAUGGAACUGCGGUUUUCAGCGGAAACAUUUCGACAAAAGUGCUGAAAGACGGAAGAGUCGAACGAGCCGGAUGGGCGUCGAUGAAGCUCGAAGAUCGGAAGGCGUUCAAUCGGAAGAAGUUUCUCUCCAAAUGGAGGAACUUUUCACAUUUACUUCUGAAGGUACUUUAAUUUCAGUAUUUUGGAAUCAAACUUUGAAUUCAAAAUCGUUCAGAUUCGAGGCGACGGCCGGAGCUACAAGAUCAUGCUCCACUCGCCGCUUUCAAUGGAUUUCACGUGGGGCGACUCGUUUUCGCACCCUCUUCACACGCACGGCGGUCCUUACUGGCAGUACGAGAAGAUUCCUUUCUCGAAGUUCUUCCACACCGUCGCCGGACGCAUUCAGGACCGGCAAUACCGGGUGAAUCUCGAGGAUUGCAGUUCGAUCGGAAUUGUGCUCAUGGAUCGUAUGGACGGCGAUUUUCGGCUGGAGAUCGACUACGUCGGCGUGUACAACGACACGACACACGUGGAGGAUUUCGCCUACGAGACGUACACAUUGCCGGUCUUCAACACGCACGGAUUCUAA